AGGGCUUAUGGAAGCCCGCAUCAAAGCAAGCGUAAACAACACAGACGCGUCUAAAAAUCCACGUAGACAGCAUAGACACGUCUAAACACCCACGCAAAGAAGCAACAUCCGGUAAGAUGGUUGAUCGCAGCUUCUGGGAGACACUUACCUUUGGACGACGUCUCAUUCGCCUCAAAACAGCCCAAAAUGGCGGCGAGACUGGGUUGGAGGCAGAGAUCGCUGAUAUUGAACGAGAAAGGGACGAUCGAGCCCGUACUAAAAACGCUGAGCGGAUGAGAAAGCGUCGAGCUGAAGCUUUUGCAGAGGAAUCAGAACUAGAGGAGCGCGCUAGACAAACCCAGCUUCCGAGUAGCGAUGACAGGCGGUUUGAAGGCCACAAGUGUCGGCGAAUACAAGAAGCGGCGCGACAGCGACUGAGGUGGUCAAGUCAGAGCAGUAGGCGCAGCCAGACACCACAAGCUAGGCAGGCGCUGUCGAAUCUCUCUUCCAAUGCUGUGAAUGCAGGGACCGGAUCCUCAGCGUCUUAUGUGACGGCGCCAAACGCCCUGCCAUCGCAGUCUACCUACACCAGCACUCUCGAUCGGCAAGCCAUGGUCAAUCAGCUUGGGUUUGCAGACAUGCCUUCAUCGGAUUCAUUGCCAGUGCUUGAUAUCUUUAGCGCUCUUAGGGCCAGGGUUGAGGGAUUUCAGUCCCAAAUUGUUGGCCCUCGCUGCCGUAUUGGGCUCUUGCGACAUUCCUUAAAUCUGCGAAUUAAUAUGACGACUGCCGGCCCAGUGCCGGGCCGAGCCCACUAGCCUCAGUCCAGUGAGUCCACCACCCGUGGCCCGUGGGCCGUGGCCCACCAGUACCACCACUUGGUUACUGAAUCACUGAUUAACUGCCCACCUGCCACUGGUCCCACAAUGCCAUCCCAGUCCAUCGGUUAUGAACUUAUGAUCCAGCGCAGCUUUGAGUGUCAGACACUAUCAGACAUCGUUAGUAGUACUAACUUGGUAUUGUGUAAUGAUUCGUGUUACGCUGAUGAACGUGGCAGCAAGGAGUUCCAAGUUGCCCUGCCAAA